GGCACAACCAGAUACCAACUCCUUGCGCUUGUUUUUCAUCGCGGGAAUCAGCUAUUUUUUUUUUUACAUGAAGAACAAUAAAUCUCGCAUUUUUCCGGUCUCCCCAAGGCUGCCGUGGAGCAUUCCUGAAGAACUGAGCUGCAUGCUCUCUUUUCUGUGGAAUAUUUUCAUUUUAGGAAACUGUAAAGCUGAUGAAACUUAACCCGUGUUUUUUUUUUUGGUGGACUGGAAAUCAAUCUACGAAAUAAGGGGAUGCCCCAGCUUGGAUUUUUAAAAAAUAUCAUCUGAUAUUUAUUUUUGUUGACUUCUCUAAGUCUAAUAUUCACUUGCUUGAACCAUUCAAUGCUUUUGUGGAAACAAUAUGCGUAAUGGAGCUUGAAUACUUUUAAAAAAAAGACUGAAAGGAGACUUUUCAUAUCACCGAAUAAGAACAUAUCGGGAUAUAUUUCUCAGCUUUUCUACACAUUAAACGGAUUGUUAAUUCUGGCUUUAAUAAACAUUAACAUGGAAAUGGCUGUCCUAUGAUGGUUAACAACGAAAGCUCGACAGGAGUAGUUUUCAGUUUGCUUUUAAAAGACUGAUCGUGAUUGUUCGGCUCCUCCAUUCACUAUUUGCAGGUCGACGGAUCUGAGCACGGCCAAGCAGGCAGACGGGCUACAACUGAGCUCACAAGGAGAGUAGGAUCGCUAGUCUAGUUGUGAGAUUUGCACUUUUAUUUAAGGUGUCACUACAAGUUGUCAAUCGAUAGAUCAAUCAAUCAAUCAAUCAAUCAAUCGGCCGGUCCAUUAUUAAACUUGUCUAUGGAAUUUCCACCGUUUCUAACGGCCACAUUCGGACAAUAGUCCACACGACCACAGACAAUAUCGGGUCGGUUCUGUACAGAAAAGCGCCUUUUAAAUCAAAGAAUAUCGCUGUCACUGCGAUGAUACUUUUAAAUUGUUCGUUUUUCAGAUUUCACCAUUUUUGUUGUAUGCAUUCUUGGUAGCCUGAUUAUUUUUUUUUAAACUUAAGUCUGAAUACCAAAGGCAAGUUUGAAAUAAUUUCACUGGUUUGGGACCUUAAGUGACCCACAGGAAACGAGAAGCUUGUCUGCGUUCCCCUUUUUUUUCUUGCCUCCUGUCUUUCCUCUCUUUCCUCCCGUUUCUCAGUCUCAUUUUUGUACAAGGCACUCGGAGAGUAAAAAAAUCUCUACAAGAAGGUUGCGGGAAGGAGUUUAUAUCGCAUCUUAAGGGUUGCUAUCCAAGCAAAAGACUUCUCCGAUGGAAAUACACUGUAAGCACGACCCGUUUGCAGCAAUGCAUAGACACGGCGGAGUCAAUCAGCUAGGGGGGGUGUUUGUGAACGGGCGCCCGCUGCCGGACGUGGUGCGCCAACGCAUCGUGGAGCUGGCGCACCAGGGGGUGCGGCCCUGCGACAUCUCCCGCCAGCUGAGGGUCAGCCACGGCUGUGUCAGCAAGAUCCUGGGCAGGUACUAUGAGACAGGAAGCAUUAAACCAGGAGUCAUCGGAGGAUCCAAACCAAAGGUUGCUACACCCAAAGUUGUUGACAAAAUCGCCGAGUACAAACGCCAAAACCCUACCAUGUUUGCCUGGGAGAUCAGGGACAGACUGCUGGCUGAGAGAGUGUGCGACAACGACACAGUGCCAAGCGUCAGUUCCAUUAACAGGAUCAUCAGGACCAAGGUACAGCAGCCCCCCAACCAGCAAGUCUCUGCCUCCUCUCACAAUAUAGCCUCCACAGUGUCGGUGACUCAGGUGUCGUCGGUGACCAGCGACUCAGCAGGCUCCUCCUACUCUAUCAGUGGAAUUCUGGGAAUCAGCUCCAGCAGUGACGCCAACAAACGCAAGAGGGAUGAAGCAAUGCAAGAGUCUCCCCUACCCAAUGGUCACUCGCACCCUGGCCGGGACUUCCUGCGGAAGCAGAUGAGAGGAGACCUCUUCACCCAGCAGCAGUUAGAGGUACUGGACCGAGUGUUUGAAAGACAGCACUACCCCGACAUCUUUACAGCCCCUGAGCCCAUCAAGCCAGAGCAGACAACAGAGUACUCGGCCAUGGCGUCAUUAGCAGGAGGCUUGGAUGAGAUGAAGAGCAGCCUAGCCAACCCCACCCCUGCCGAUUUGGGCACCAGUGUACCCGGGGCACAGUCCUAUCAGCUGGUGGCAGGUCGGGACUUGGCAAGUACAACCCUCCCUGGGUAUCCUCCCCACGUGCCUCCCGCAGGACAGGGCAGCUACUCAACUCCAGCGCUGACAGGAAUGGUGCCUGGCAGUGACUUUUCUGGGAGCCCAUACACUCAUCCCCAGUACUCAACAUACAAUGAGUCGUGGAGAUUUCCUAACCCCAGCUUGUUAGUGUUCCAGCAGGACUAUGGCUCGCGCCUUGGCUCAGAAAUCGGAUGUACUUCGGGGUUUUUUCCCGGCCAGUCGGGCCAGAUACAAGGCUCUCCCUAUUACUACAGUGCUGCCGCGCGAGGCGCAGGCCCUGCGGCUACAGCCACCGCGUACGACCGCCACUGACCAACCCCUGCCCUGGCCCAGCUCCACCACAGAAGAGAAGAGAGAGGCGAGAGAACGAAAGAGAGAGAAAGAGCACCAGCGCUGCCCUGCGUCUAUCUGCCCGGGGGUCUGGUGGGGAGGGGGGGGGGUUUGCUGGGAUUUUGAAGAAACCCACCCACAGAGACCUGCUGACACGUUCCCACAUGCCCUGCAAGUGAGGCGGAGUCCCAUCCACGCGUCUGGUCAUCCCACACUGUCCCAACUCUGCCUGACAUCCCUCUCGGACACACCUCUCACAAGUCGGUCCUGACCUUGCAGUCCCAUGCCUUUCGGAGCAGACACGGAGAAAAGUGGGAAUGUGGAAAGGAGAGGGGAGAUAUUCAACUUUUCAGUUGACCCAGUGGCUUGGAGGUAUUACAAUCCAGUCUCUAAGGGUUUUUCUAAGAGGUGAAUAGCUCUUGCUCUUUAAUUAAUCCACCCAGCCAACAGAGGGGGCCAUCACAACAGCCUUCAGUUACACACUUAGUAACAGAUGCCACAAGACAGCUAAUUCGUCUUUCUUUAUGAUUACUUAUGUUCUUUUGUGAUCGCUUUUUGGUCCUAGCAAGUGUGCGAUUGGUUAUUUAUUCCAGUAGUUAUUCAGCAGCCACAUGCCGCAACUGAAAACCACACUCACCCGAAUGCAAGACUUGGCACACUGUGGAUAGCGUAACCGACACCCGUGUGGAUACUGGAUGUUUUAUUUUAUCCUCAAUCCACGAAAGUCCGUUCAUCGCAAAGAUGAAACUAGUUUGAUUACAGAUGUUGGCAUUUCCUCUCAUGCAUGGGCUUUGAUUUUUGACAAACUCCUGUUUCGUCGAAGAAUUCUAAAAAUGUCUCAAAGGAGAAAUAGACAAUACGGUCAGGAUUUAUUUCAUUUCAUGUCCUUCUAUUUGGCCUGCUUUCAGUGCUUUUAUUGCUGUUUCUGCUCCCUUCAGCAUUGAGUUUAAGUCAGUGAAGAAGAGUGUCAGUAAUAAGCGAAAAAGGAGUUCAUUGCUCUUGAAAUAUCCUUCACUCUCUGAAAGUUCUUAGCUCCCCUCGUUAUAAAAUCCUUAUAUUUCAGGACCCUUGAUUGCUUCUAAAUUACCUACUCAUAAUUAGAAUGAUCAAUAUAGAAUUUAAGGUACCGAUUGUUUCAAAGUACUGCAAAGGUGUGGAGGAGUGAGCAUGUAUCCCUCCUUCACUUCUUUCGCAGUCUGGAUUAGGGACAGAUUAGAGAAGAUUAAUAUGGUGGUAUGUGCAAUACUCAUAUUAAAUAUGUGUGCCGAGACAGCAACAAAGAACACUUAAAGAAAAGAGAAGCUUAAUUUUAUCUGAAUGAAGAUCCUCUUUAGCAGAAAAGAGACAAUGCACAUAAGUUUAAGAUUUUUUUUUUCAGGUUUAUUUCUUGGUUGAGACCAACCAUGGACGUGUGUGUUGUUGGGUCAUGUGUCAUCAUGACCUGUCAUAGUCCAGACUGAUGUCACAGGUAUUCUCACGCUUUCGAUAUCCAUACUACAGCAAGACGUGAAAACUGUACAUACUGAUCCUCUCUCUCUUUCCAGCAUUUUGAUACGACUGUUUUAAUUCCCAGCUCUGUCAGACCAAUGCUUAGAAGCUGUAUAUGAAAUUUCAGGCAAGCCUUGUUUCUGCAGAAGCCCAGCUUCCCAGAUCAGAGAUAAACAUCAUCACACAUCACAGUAUUUUGACAUGUGUGUUUGGGAAGAGUUUUAUGGAGCUGAAAUGAAGAAGCAGGAAAAGGGAGGGAGUAGAAUCCAUCUAUUUUGAAUAUUUUAACUCUCUGAGUCUAUUGUGUGUUGUGCUUCAUACCUUUUCCAGCUUAAGCUCUGCAUACAUCUGGGAGCAAUGCAAAAGGGAUGUGUUAUCUUGUCCUUUUUUAUCAUACACUGGUCAUGUAGUGAUGUUUCUAUUACAGAAUGAUCUGCCAAGGACACAGCCAAUUGUAUAAUACCUCUGAUUGUUUUUAGCUUCCCAUAUAAGGAGUAGGUAUUUUUAUGAAAUCACAUUCUUGAAGUUAUAAAGCUUCUUAAAUUCAAUUUAUUUUCAAAGCAUUUCCUCCUCUUCUAUUUCAAAUGCUUUAAAGUUGGGUGACUUUUAUGGCUGAUGCACUUGCCUCUUUUCUCUGUUUUUAGGGGGGAAAACUAAACAAAGAACGAUCAUUGUCUGUCAGGGCUGUUACUGGUUACUGAUAUUUAAAAAUUCUAACCAAUCUAUAUAUUCCAUAUGUCCUGCCCCCCACCACAAAAAAAAAAUUAUAGAAGCGAGGAAAUGUCUGUGAAGCACACACUCCUGUCUGUGGCGGGAGGGUGACUUCUGAUGCUGGUGCAGUAUUGGCGAAGAUAAUGAAAUCUGAAUAGAAAAAAACCUCAUGGGCCAGAUUUAGCAUUGAGUGCAGUUUCGCCUGCACACACAAAGCCAUGAUACACAGCCCCAUUAAAGACCCACUGAAUCUCUCUUUGCUGCAGGAAGUGAUGGGUUUGUUGCUGAUUGACAGGAACGAGGGGGGGGGCUGGAAUAUAAAUGUUUGAACAUGACAAAGCAUCCCAAAGCAGUGAUGAGAAAAAUGGAAGUUUUCAAAUUAAUUGCUUAUCAAUAACUCUCUGCUGAAGCAGAUCAGUAGAAUAAUUAUAGGGACCAUAGAAUUAGUCUCAAAGUACAAUCAAUAUUGACAUUUCAUGCCUUUUCAUUGAUGAUGUCCAUUCUUCAAUUAAUAGACUUAAAAAUGUUUCUGUUUAACUUCACUUCCUACAAAUGUUCUGUUUAGUGGUUAUUGCGUUGAUUUCAGGGCAAUUAGUCAGACAUACUAUCUCGGCACUAUCUUGAUUUAAUAUGAAUAAUAUAUUUUAUCAAAGUCUGUUUUACUCAACCAGCUAUCUAGUAGGCAACUGAUAUAUUUAACUAAAUAUCUAUAAUCCUGAGAUCAGGGUUUGAACCCAGGUGAUUCUUCUGGCAAAAGCGGUUCUUGAUCAUCCUUAACAGAGAAUUGUGUCUAUGCAUCUGUCACACACAUUGCUAAAUGUGGCCCCAUGUACAGUAUUUUAGCACCUAGAGACAUGACUUUUAAGUAUCUACUGCCUUUUAGAACAGUUCUUACUGAGCUGGAUUCAAACUGCCCUGGGAUAAUUGGAGGGGGAUGCUCAGUAGAUUGGAAAAUGGCAUAUUAAUAUUAUAUAUAUGUAAAUUGCUUUUAAGUGCCAAAAAUGACAGUCUGCAUGGCUUUCUCUGUCAUUAUGGUUUUAAGGCUAGUGGAGGGGCAGACUUUAGGCAUUUCAGUAGGUCUGUUACCUGAGUAGUACAGUAUGUUUGAUAGAAACCAAAUGUGCUUUGUAUGUAGAUGUUGCCAUAUUUAAUUUAUUUAUUUAUCUUGUAAAGCCAAGAAUAAUGAGGGACAAAAUAAAAUACAUAGGGACUCUUUCAGAUUGCGUUGUAGAAUGAAUUCUGCAUUGAAAACAAUCAGUAAAUAAAUAGCUCUGUUACUACUAUACAGGUUUUUUUUAAUUGUAGAUUAUAGCUGGUCUGAUCCUUAAAGUGGGAGAAAGAUACAGACAAUCUCACUCUGAUGGUCAGAAAAGCAGAGGCAUAUUGUGUACGCACUUCAUUGUAGUACACCACAGGAACUCACAGCAAGAGUUAGGUGAAGCUUCAUUAGUGAUGUACAGAACAAUAUGGUAAUGUGGUAUAAAGGCUAGUGUAGGCAUUUCUGGUGGACCAUAUUGAAAGCAACCUGGUUAGACAAAAGUUGGUAUUUUUAUGUCUAAGCAAAUCAUGUGAGAGCUAUGACAAAGCACAAUAAAUUAAAAGCAAAGAAAUAAAGUCCCAGGUGACUUAUAAAGUACAAUAGGUCUGCUUCCAUUAGCAAAAAGGCAUGAAAUUUAAAAAGGGCUUACUCAGGUUUGAAAUCUUGCAUUGUUAGAAAAAAAUACCCUUCUUUUUUUGCCAGACAGCUGAAAUUCACUAAAUUUUAGAAGCACGUUUCUUCACAGGUAAAGUGUGCUUGUAUGGUGUGAGAAGUUAUUAAUUUCAUUGUAAAGUGUGAGCAGAGGACUCCGAAAGUUUAAUGAGCUGGCUGUUUGCCUUCUAAUGUUUAAAAAAAUAUAUUUUAACAAUAAUUUGAGCAUUAAAAUGUAUACUUUUCUGGUACUACAAUACAUUUAGAAAACAUCUGUGUUCCUUCUCAGAAUUAGGUGUCUCAGUCUGAUUUUUGUUCAUAGUUUUGUGCACUUCAUUGAAAAAAAAUAGUACCAUAGUUUUAGAGUACAGACUUAUUAUCAAUUUACAUUGUAUACUACUCUAACCAGAUAAGUGUUUAAGCCUUAGUUGGAUCAUAUAACAACAAAUAGUCAAAAUGGAAGCAUAGCUUAAUGAAAAUAAUCCAAUAAAAGUACACAUGGUAUACUUUCUUAUUCAAGAUAAAGGAAAGACUGACAUUACUUAAAAAAACCAUAGUGUCAGUCUUUAUAUAAAUGCAAGAGAAUUUUAAAGUUACAUAUGUUAUCAGUUGUUACGAUAUUGCAUUUACCUACUUUUAGUUCUCUUAAAACAAAUGCAAAUAAAUUAUUUAUUGAGCAGAGAUUAAUAUAUUUUAGACUUGCAGCACAGAGAAAAGUAAAAAUAUAAUUUGAAGAUACUGUAUAUGAUAAGACACACCAAACAUGAGAUGUGCUCUCAUACUGAGAUAUGUGGUAGCGUUCAUUUCAUGAGGACUUCAUUUGUUGAUCUAGAUCUCGAUUCUUUGCUUUGACUGCGAUCUGUUUGAAGUUAUUGGAUUGACGGCUGUGAUUGAAAAAGAACAAGAUGGUCCAUUAAACAGUUGGCUUGUCUCCUUUUCACAUAUUCUCUGUGUGAAAGUUAACCCUCGAUUUUCAGCUGGACUGCACUUCAUUCAGUGGAUUGGGCAGCUUUGAAGUGUGUAUUUUGAAAAACUGUUGGCGUGCUCUUAGAGUAAGAGAUGCAUCCUUUUCCAUUGCUGGAUAUUAUUCACCUUGAGGUAACAUGUUGAGAAAGGAGAGCAUGGAGAUGAAGUUGAUUUAAUGUGCUCAUAAGCCUUAAACUAUUAACAAAGAACCAAUAUCUUAAUGUAAUGAAAAAGGCUUUCCAAGAGAAAGUAUAGUGAGAAAGUAUAAAUGGACUCAGGCAGAUGGUUCCAUUUUUUCCAAGUUAGCAGUAUUUUAAAUGGGCGAGGGCACCAAAAGGAUUACCUUUUAUAUUCAUGUAGUAUCAUAACUGGUUUCAAAUCUUAUUUGGUUUUAAGGACGUUUGUAAAGUAAAAUCAUGUUUUAUGAAUUCCACUGUAUUCAUACUCUGUGCUCUACUGGAGAAAUAUUAUAUGAUUUUGAACAGUCAUAAAGUUGUGUGGGAAUCUACUUAUAUCAAAGUACAAUGUCAUGGCAUAUUUACAUUUUUACUGACUGGAUUGAAGGGACAACUUAUAGAAAAAAUGAAGAGAUUGCUUUAUUUUCCAGAACUGAGAACUAUAUUACUUAACAGUAUUACAUUAACCUCACAGAACCAUGAAGUACCUGCUCCAUUGCCUUUAUCUCCUAUGUUUUUCUGAUGUCUUUAAAUGGCUUCACAUAUUUUGAAUUAAUUAAUAGGUUUUUAGGCCUAAUGCCAUCUACAGAAACUGCAAGUUCCUGUGUAACAAUAAGAUCCCAUUCACAGGUCUUCACAUGAAUACAUUCUACUUCCCAGGCAUUAUAAAUGGAGGUAUACCAGGCCAGCAGAAGAAUAGUGCCUUUUUAUUCUCUUGACAGCAAAUUAGCUAUGUGAUGGUGUACUCCUGCCAUGACUCUUACAGCCUACACAAUGAUGACAAGGCCAGGAAGGUCACUACACACCUCAAACUCCACAAAGCAAUUGACCUGAAAUUAUCAAUGUGCCAGGAGUAAUACCCUUAAUUCAGGCAGGUAAUCAUAUACAGUACCAGAAGGUACUGUAUAGAAAUACAGGGCACCGACUUUCAAUUACACAGAUAAUCUACAGGUCACUCAUCAGACCCCUGGUUCCCUGAGAAGUUCAGACAUUUCUAGGUGUUUAGAAGUGGACCUACAUUUUUUUCCUGCAUUCAUUCAUGACCCCCAAUACCUGUAGUGAUUUUUGGGUUACUACCUCCAAUGUGUUUUAAGUUCUUUCGGUGUCAUUUCUGAUGACACAGGGCUCAUUUUAAGCAUUGGACAUGGGUUUGCAGGUGGGUGUUGCUUAGGUUUGUACUAAGUUGUGACUUCCCCUUUUCAUGUCUCAUCAUUGUCUUUAACGCAACAUCUCUAAAACACAUUUCUAGCCAACGUAGCUUUUGUUGCAAUAGGAAACACCCAUGAACUCAAGAGUGGGAAACACAUUCUGUAAAAAGGGUUUGUAAGUAACAUUGUCGCUCGUGACCCACAAUGCAUUUUGGACUGUUUGUACGUGGUGUUUUCAAGAGGGUGAGAGACUAGUCAGUACACUAACCCGCACAAGCGUUUUGUGUUGAGCAAACUUUAGAUCGGAUAAGAGUUAUGAGCAAAAACUCUACAAAACCUAGUUUUAAAGCAACUUUAAAGCUAACAAUUGUAUGUACGGCCAAUGGCCACGCAAGCUGUACCACAACACAUUUGGAUUCCUUGCUUGCAUAUGUCAGUGUUUCAUAUUAGCAGUGUUAUACACAGUGUUUCAUCCUACACGUUAGGUACAGUAUACGACUGCAAGCACUCUGUCAUGUGAUGCAAACUAUUGUGACAUUCUCUGUAAAAAUGGUAGUAGUCCUGGUUGGUUUUUAUGCGCAAAAACGGUACCAUCUUGUUCAGUAUAAACACAUACAUACAGUAUUUUCAAACUUUCAAAAGAAUUAUCUGGUCUGAAAAUGGAACACCUAACACUCCUUGUUUGUUGUAAAAACACACUGUGUGUGUUUUAACACAGUGAAAACCCCAACAUGCUCCUGUCUAAGCACUAGAACUACAAUAAAUGGCAAUCUUCAUCUGUUAGUUUUUUUUUUAAGUGUUGUUCUCCUGACUGUUGUUGCUGACUUUGUCAAGAGGUGCUUGCUUUGCCAUUUGUUUGAUGUCUCCAGUGAUUAUGGUGACAGUUUGCUUUUUGCAUGUUGCAGCAGCAAUCAAACAUUUCAAUCGUUAUGAUAAAUGUUUUCUUAUGCAAGUCUGUAUCCUAACAUACAGUAAAUGGGUUUUGUGUAGAGAAGAUACCUUUGUUAAGGCUACAAUAGGAAACGAGCUACCACAUAUCCUAUAACUAUAUAUACUGUAUUGCUAGUUAUAGUUGUAAUUAUGGAACUUCUUUAACUAUAGAAGAAACGGUUAUUUUUGCUGUUCUCACUUUUAUAUGUUUCAUUAUGUGUCACAUAUAGUUUUGACAAAGACUGAAGUCCUUUUUCUGUCCUUUGAAAUGGUACAGCUGAGGCAUUAGCAUCUUCCCAAAAUGUUGCCUUUGCCAAUGUGCCUUAAAUCUGGCCUAGAGGGAUCGACCCAAAGGCUGGAGGGAAAUUCAGUCUAGUCUCCUCCUCUGUUUUCGCCCAUCCACUCCUCCCUCGUUCUUCUUAACACAGUCUGCUAAACAGGACAACCACUAGGCGAAACCUUGUGGUUUUUCUGUUGGGCUCUAUUUGAGAGCGUCUAACAUACUCUCCUUCUGACCUGCACUGCUUUUCAAAACAGGCCCCUUUGGGAGGUCACUUGCAGUGCCAUCACAACUUCUUCCUGCGCUAAGCUGAAAAUCUGCCACUCUCCUUUUAUUCCAUUUCAUCACAAAGGGUUGUCACUGUGUGAUUAGGAUUAGGAAUAUCUAAAAUAUCACCACACCGGGGAGGCACCAAGGGGGUGACUUCCUCUUGAAACUAAAAGGCGAUGCCUUCUGGGAGAUUUGUUUUUUAAAUUCCCUUUCAAAACGGAAGUCGAGAUGUAAACAGAGAUUCCUUUAUUCAAGGCAAAGAGGUUAAAAUAGGCAUGGGCAGAUGCUCUGAAAGGAAUACAGUUUGAAAUGUUUAAAAAAUAAUUAGUAGGCGUCUGAAUCAAACAUCACAUCAAGCAACUAUGCUUUGGGUCACACAACUUUUCUAUUUCUAUUUCUGUUUAUAUUGACAGACUUCACGGAAUGCUUAAAUUUGGGGAAGGCUAAAUUACUUAAUACACAGGGUAGCACAACUCAGAAUUAGAGUUUAUGUAUAUAUAUAUAAAGACAACAUCUUUAAUUGUUGCCAAAUAUCAAUUACAUUUCAGUUUCUGCUUUUCUAGGUCUUGGCACUGUACAUAGUAAAUGUCGUUUCAGCUGAUGUUUUUUUUUUUAUGUGGACAGAUACUGAGGAGUGAACUUGCGAUUCGCUCAGUUCAAAAUGGACCCAUCACAAACAAAUGGCAAGGCCCUCUUUUUAUUUGGGCACCCAGUCGUUCCCCUAAUGGUGUCACACACACACAAAAAAAAAACAGAUGUCAAUUUGUCCAGCUCCUCAUCCAGAAACCCAUAUGUCCUGAAGGAGCCAUUUAUUCCACCCUAGUGCUGAGCUAUGCAAGGCCUUGGAUACCUGGGCAUGAAACUCUAUGGCCCUGCUAGGGUGGUUUUUAAGAACAUGAUAAAGAUUGCAAACAGGAGAUGGCCAUUUAGCCCACUGACAAUAGCUCCUUUGGUUUUUAGUAGCUCACUGAUCUGAUGUUUUGGUAUCGUCACCUAAUUCUUUGUUUUUAUUUCCUAGUGCCAUUUUAGUUCAGUGGAUUCAACAGCAAGGUGUAAAACAAUUUAUCAACUAGAACAUUUGUGCACCAAGAGAUUUAUCUUAAUGGGGUUUAGCCUCUGCUGAGGGUUUCCAAAACGAUGUCCUGGUUUUCACCUUCCAGUGGCCUUUUUGUACAUCCUGGGAUUAUUAUAUUUCCAUGGCUUCUUAAUAGAGGUGUUUGAAAGUGUAUUUUUUAUCUGUUAAGAUUUUAGUAAAAAUGCUGUGAUGACGCAAGCCGAUUUAUACCGAUGAACUUGUCGACAUCAACAAAAUAAAAAAUAAAAAAGAAUACAUAUCUAUAGCAUCCACCAAAGUCUGAGAUGCCUGUUUUAAAGCUUAACUUGUAAAAAAAAAAGAGACAAUAAAAAAGAAAAAAGAUAAAACAUUUCAAGAAUAAAUGCCUUCAAAAGGAUGGAGACGAGAAACAAAUUAAGCCUCCACAAAAGAAAUGCUUCUUUAAAAAUGUGUAUGUUUUUUAUUCAAUUUUCUAGUAGUACAAGAAACUUCUCUUGGUGUUCUUUCUUAGUGCUGUGUGUUGCUUUUUUGUGUCAUAAUAUUUGAAUGUAAUUACAGCAGUGCAGAUUUGCCAAAGAUAUCAUACACUUUUUCUUUUCAAUUUUGAAACUGUCCACACUGGAGAUUGUGAUUUUGUUUUUUACUUUUUUAUUAUUCUUUUUUGGUUUGCUCAUUUUCAGGGUUUUCUAAGUUAAAUGGUUAAUUGCAACUCUCUGGAUGUUACCGGGAGAUUUCUGCAAUAAGAUGGGAUAUAGAUUAUCAGUAUCUGUGUGUCUGUUCAUCUGAGUGGCUGUUGUUUGUGAAUUAUCGAUUUAUGUACCCUAAAUG